AACUUUUCCCGUGUCAUGCCUAUGACUCGACUAACAGUGGGCUUUCCUGCGUCAAUACAUCCGUGAAUGCUACCAUUCACUCGUCAUGUCCUUCCUGCCGUCCUUGCGAUUAAACCGGUCCGUUGGCCUCGGUCUGCACGCCACAUUUCCCUGACUGGUGCAAUUGAAAAGGGGAUCCGGAGAGGUCACCAGAGCCGGAACAGACUAGAAAACCAGUAUGCAAAGCCUUCUGCAGGCCUUCAGCAAGAUCAGAGCCAUUCAUCAGACAUUUCGGACGCAGGCGAAGAGGAUGGAGAGAAGGGGAUAAUCAUUCCAGGCGAAGAAAGGCGAAGAGGCCAGAAAAGACGCAAGGGUCCCAGAACUGUCCAGCCAGGGCAGGAGUUGAAAAUCGCAAAAUCCGCCGCACGCUCUAACAGCGGAGUUCCAGCUUCAAUUCCCUACACGACAGCAGGAUCGGAAUUUCUCUACGGGACAUUUUCUGUCUUGUCUGCUCUCAAAGCUCGACGCCGGAAGCUCCACAAGCUGUAUCGACUUCUUCCUGCGGGCUAUGACAAGGAUACGAAGAGAGCCAAAGCGCUCCAGCCCAAAGAAUCUCCUGAGCAGAUCCAAGUCCACAAGCAGAUUCACAGCCUCGCUGAAAAGGCCGGGGUAGGCGUGACGGCGGUUUCAGGACCUCGCUGGCAAGCCGUUUUUGCCAAGGCAUCGGAUGGACGACCACAUAAUGGCUGGAUUCUUGAGGCCUCUCCGAUUCCGAAGCUACCUGUGACUAGUUUGUUGAGCAUGGCCGAAUCGGCUGAUCCUAUCGCCGUCACGGUGGGAUGGGCGUCUGAAGAGGAUCAAGAGAUCAACACCGUGUUCGGUGCAUCUGGAAGCAGAGCAACAAUCCCGUCUGUCCGGCCUCCGCAUCGGUAUCCUUUCAUGCUCUUGCUUGAUUGCAUCACCGACACCGGCAAUUUCGGUGCCAUUGUUAGGUCGGCUUGGUUUCUCGGGGUUGAUGCUAUCCUUAUCCUCGAACACGGCACUGCACCCAUAUCUGCCAACAGUGUCAAGGCGUCUGCCGGGGCCUUCGAAUACAUGCCCAUUCUUCACGUCAGGAAUGAACGAGAGUUCAUCAGGGAUUCGCGGAAAAAUGGAUGGAAGUUCUUCGCUGCCGAUGCACCAGAAAGUGAUGGCGGGAUGAUGCGGCGGAUUAUGCAACAAAAGGGCAAGAAAGCUUUGGAUGUUGGGGGCGCGUUAUCAAGACAUCCUUGUGUACUGAUUCUGGGUAAUGAAGAGACUGGCAUUCGAGAUUUCAUGCGGACGAUGAUGGAUGGCGUUGCAGGGAUCGCUAACGCAAGGCCUGAUGUUGGAGAGAUUGACAGCCUUAACGUCAGUGUGGCUGCAGCUUUGCUCACCCAAAAGUUCUUUGACAGAGCUCGUACUGAGCUUGAUGAAGGUGCUCAAGGUCGUGCGGACUGAUCCCGCCGUCAGCCAACUGCAUCUCCUAACAGAGGCACCCCAGGGGGAUAGGUUGAGGUGGCGCGUCUACCUAGAGUGAACCCGCUCGAUAACAAUAUCUCGGCCAUCCCUUCUUGUUGCGGGCUUGUCGAGCUCCUCGAAGUCCUGAAUAGUAGUGGCAAUCUCGCCAUUACCAUUGCCAUUUGCGCACGGCGUGCACAGAGACGUUUCAGCGCGGAUGUGACUUUCUGCUCCACCGCAGUGAUAUACUUUGGAGUACAUGAUCUCCAAUGGCAGUUUGUUGCCUAGAUGAAAAUGCUUCGACAGGCCCAAUUUCCAUU